GAUUCUUUCGCUUUCUCGUCACAGCCGGUGUUAUUAUUAGUCUACCUUCUGCUGCUUCCCUUCUCGAUGCUUUCUAGUCUUUGCGACGAACCACUUGGGUGUCUGACUAUUCCACUCUCCUCCCCUCCCCCUCCCAGACUCUAGACUCCCGACUAUUGACCGCCUAGACCCUGUUCCGUUCUAACGGUCGUUCUGUGGGCGUCGGUGUGUUGAUAUUUGGGGCUGUCUGCCUGGAGCAGACGCGAGGACAGCCCUGGCUAGCUGCUGGCUAGUAUACCAACCACUCCUCCGUAUGACACGCCGGCCUGUCCUGCCCUUCGAUGAACCAAUCCUCUGUCCCUAGCGUUGGUCGAAAUGGCAGCUACGAUGGGACUGGGGCUGUUGCCCAUGAUCAAAUGCUCCAAUUGCGGCGUGGACGUUGAGAUCUCCUCGAUGGGAGAUCACGUCUGUGCGAAAUCAGAGCCAGCUCCCCCGCCGCCGUCCAAGUCGGACUAUGAUUCCCUCUCGAGAAACACGGGGCGAACCGGUCCUCCUGCUCCCAUCAAUCCCUCAGUUGCCAAUCGACCCUUCCUACGACCGGACAAUGCGAUCGGGAUCAACGAACCGGCCGGCCUCUCCCCGCAGCCGUCGCCGCUUCGGAUGGUGCAGCAGAGUCAGACAGCCGUCCCAAUUCAACCACAGACGUCGGAGAUUGUGACAAUCAGCUCGGAUGACCUUCCCCGCUUUCCUCUGCCGCAGUCCAUGUCGGACAAGGAGUCCGGUGCCAUGACUCCCCUGCCCCAGGAGAAGAUGCCGCCGAUUCCCUCCCAUCCGUAUACAAGUAGCAACAACAGACCUCCGGCGACGGCACCCCUGCCGAGGGACCUGGAUGGCGAUGCUCCGCCGCCGUUGCCAAAGGAUGAACCGUCGUCUCUGCCGAGAAUUGCGCACAAGUAUGGUAGCUCGAUCGACAGCAAAAGUAGCUAUCGGACGUCGUUUGCAAGCUCUCGGUAUGGCGACAACAGCUCGAAGCGAUCGACGGCCAUGUCCGGUCGGCGACCGUCCUUCGGCAGUGUCAACCAACCGUACAAAUACCCGGACGACGAUGCGCCUCCCGUGCCUUCCUUGCGCCAAACGACUUACUCGGUGUCGGACUACAAUAUGUCGCGCGAGUCGAGGAACGACCGUCAGGAGGACCAUGGUAGUUAUAACUUGGGGGCGUGGCACCAAGUGAAUGCCCAGUCGGAUCACCAGCAGUCCAACUCCGGUCCGCUGCGUGUAUCCUCGCACACCGAUUCUGAUCGCCUCAGCAGCACCCGAGGAUCUACCGAGUUGUUCUUUCGGAGCCCGUCACAAACAUCAUUUGAACGCUUACCUGACCCCCAUGAGUUCCCUGAAAGGUCUACCUCCAUCAAUCCCCCGACGAAGGUGGAGUACAAGCCAUUUAAAUCUCCCACCACUGCCACGUACUUGCAUCCCUCGCCAGACGUUGACGGGCAUGGCUACGAGGAUAUGCAGAGAAAGCCGUCCGACGCCACGAGUGAGGGGGCUCUGUCUGUAUCCAACUUCGCCCGUUCCUUGGGCUUGGACCUGCCCGAGCAGGCCCCGGAAAACUACACGGUGUCUUCGGACUCGUCGCCAUCCGACCUGCGCAGCGGGACCUCCUUUUCCAGCGUCGCGUCGGAAGCCGACGCGCGACGAAAGCAUUCGGAGCAAUCUCGACUUGGACCCGUGAUCGAGGAGCGGCGGAUUGACACACGCCAACAGUAUGGGUUGCAUGCCGGGGACCAGACCGAAAGCCCGAUCGAUCUCGAGCCGCCUCAACUUCGGGACCCUCUUUUCAGUCCUGACUCUCCUACCGACCCUGCCAUUCUGUACGGUAGCGUGUCUCUGCUCCCGGACAAAACCCAGAAAGCGCUCCCAGAGCUCCCUAGUAAGCUGCGGUCCGCCACGGGGCCCAUGUCUCAUACCCAGAACAAGCAAUCGCAAGACAAGAAUCUCCCGGAUCUACCACGGUCUGCAACGGCACCCCUGUCUCAUGUCCCGAAAAAGGCCUCGCAAGACAAGAACCUGCCGACUGUACCUGCUCUGGCACCGCCUAUGCCUACCUUUGAGGAUGAGCCGUCUCGGGGGACCCGAUUCUUCCCGGAUUUGGAAGCAUCCCUCCCUUCGCCCUCUCACAUCCCUAAGAAACCGUCAUGGUCGGACAGGCUUUCUCCGGAGCGACUGAGGACAAAGCCGUCGAUUUCGCACGUCUCCAAAAAGCAAUCGCGUGAGGAGAACAUUGUUCCGGAUUUCCGCCGGCCGUCUCCUGAACCAGGCCACGUUCCCCAGAGACCGUCGCGGGAGAAUGUUCCUGACCUACGCCAGCCCUCGCCGGAGCCAUCUUACGCCAAGGAGUUGGUACAGGAGAGGCCCUACCCGAAUAUCCCUGGUUUCUCGGUCGAGCAGCCGUUCCACAUAUCCAGUAAGCCGUCGAGGGAUGAGACCUCUACGCCGCCUUCAGCAUCGCACAUCCUGAAUAAGUCGUCGAAAGACGAGAAGUAUCUGCCGGAUAUGCCUAGGUCUUCGCCCGAACCGUCUCAUGUCCAGAAUAAACCAUCGCGGGAGGAGAAGCUCGCUCCAGUGGUACCUGGUUUCUUACCGGAAGCGCCGUUUCACAUCCCCAGGAAGCCGUCGUGGAUGGACAGAUUCACUCCCGAGGUGUCAAGAUCUCCAACACCGCCCAUUUCUCACACCGCGAAGUCAUCCCAGGACGAGCGAUCGCUAUCACCCCGUCCGCAGUCACCGACCGAACCUUAUGCUCAUAUCCAGAACAAACCGUCUCUGGAUGACAAGUAUUUGCCGGAUCUUCCGAAGUCUCCGGCGGAACCUACUCACGUUCCCAAUAAGUUGUCUCAGGACAAGUAUCUGCCUGAGUUGCCGCAACCUACGCCUGAGCCUUCGCCUUCUCAUGUACCUCACAAGCCAUCUCAGAGCGAACGUCUAUCGCCUGAGCUAACCAAGUCGCCUCCAACUCCCAGCUCUAAGAAGCCGUCUCAGGACAACAAAUAUCUGCCCGACAUACCUCCGCCAACCCCGGAGCCAUUCUCUCACAUUCCCAGCAAGCCAUCUCAGAGCGAUCGGCUUUCACCGGAACUGGCUCGGUCACCACCUCCUGCUCACUCGGCCAAGCUGUCCCAGGACGACAAGUCUCUUCCUAAGCUACCCGAGCCGUCUCCCUUAUUUAAACCGGACUGGGAGGGAAGACGGUCUCCCGAGCCCCCCAAAUCCAAGACCCCAGAACCGUCCUACAUCCCCCAGAAGCCUGUCCGGGACCCUAGACUGUCCCCAGAACCUCCACGUUCGGCCCCGCCGCCGUCUCAUCUCCGUGGGCAAUCUCGAAAUGAGAGGUCUUUCCCCGAGCCGAGAUCCGCAGAACCGCGAUUCGCACACCAAGGGUCUCACCUUCACAACCAACCCUCGCGGGAUGAGAAGAACUCACCCGAGCUGCUGAACGCUUCGAUCGAUCCGGCCGCGCGGUUGUCGCCGCGUCCCAAGGGGCCUUGCCGAGGCUGCGGCGAGGUGAUCUUAGGCAAGUCGGUGUCUUCUGCGGACGGGCGUCUUACGGGCCGUUACCACAAGGACUGUUUUGUUUGUUACCAGUGUCGCAUUCCAUUCCGAACGGCCGAUUUCUAUGUCCUCCGCGACCUGCCAUUCUGCGCUCAGCACUACCAUGAGCGCAACGGCUCCCUGUGCCAGGGAUGUCUCACUGGUAUCGAAGGACAGUUCCUGGAGACGAAUGAGCGACAAGGCCGUGGCCCAGGUGACCGUCGGAGAUAUCAUCCCCAGUGCCUGACCUGCCGCACUUGCAACGUCCUCCUGAAUGGCGAGUACUUUGAAUGGAACGGACAAGUGUACUGCGAACGUGAUGCUCGCCGGGCGGCUGCGUCAACCCCUCCUCCUCGAAUGCGUCGUCCAACCAUGACCUCCUCUCCCUUGGCUGGACACUCUCGAGGACCCUCUCGGGGACAUCCUCCUCCACCGGGCUAUCCCGGCCGUGGCCGUGGCGGACCUCGUCCACCUAUGCCGCCGAUGCCUGGAAUGCCGGGACCUGCAUAUCUCGACGGACCUUACGGGCCACCCCCUGCUGCUCGACGGUUCCCGGAACGAAGAACCACCAAAUUAAUGAUGCUAUGAUAACGCUGCGGCGUGUACUGAAGUCCUGGACAGCAAUUAUUGCCUACGGACUGAUAUAUACAUAUACCCUUCUCUUGUUUAUAGAUUUAUACAUGGCUUGGCCGGUUGGGUAGUUUGACUGGAUGGUGUACAUUGAUUGGUUUGAUGUUUUGCAUAAUGUUGGUGUUUUCAUGACGGUGUUUGGUUUGGGAUAUAGAUUUGCUUAUGGAUGUUCUGGAUGUG